CACACUUCUCAAGAUGCUGCAGCUGCUGACGUUCCUGGUGGAGAAGCUCUCUCUGUUCUCCACCUUCAAACUUUUUGAGUCCAGCUGGGCUGAUGCAGGCGAGGACCGAGAGAGGCGCACUCAGCCCCCACCCCCACCCCCACCCCCACUCCGGAGGGGAGACCUGCUGGAGGUCCCCAGAAGCGUUUUUACGCACUACGGCAUUUAUUUAGGGGACAACAAAGUGGCUCAUCUGAUCCCCGACAUCCUGCCUGUGUUUUCCAACGACAAGAAGCUCAUCGGUUCUGUCAUCACAAACAAGAGACUCAUCCUCGGCUGCAUCUACAAGUGUGCCACGGUGCGUGUGGACACGUUAGAGGACUUUGCGUACGGCUGCAACAUAAGGAUCAACCACAUGGAUAGGUCGAUGGAGAAUGGAGCAUUGCCCAAUGAAGAGGCUGCAGAGAGAGCGGAGAAACUGAUCGGAGCGGUCCCGUACAGCCUGCUGUGGUGCAACUGCGAACACUUUGCGACACAUUGCAGAUAUGGAUCUGCAGUGAGCCGGCAAACAGAGAAGUUCUGUGAGUGCUUGAAAUCAACCAUCAGAGACCAGCGCAGCGUGAUUGUCACCGGCCUCCUUGGAUUGAUCUCCAUCGUCUAUUUCGGCAUGGCACCGACAACUACACUACCCACAGUCCUUAUCCCCUUCACUCUGUGGAUGGCUGGUUAAAGGAGUUCAGCACAAAGAACCUGCACCUAAACUUUUAUUCAGCUCCGCCUGACCUGAAACCGGUCAGUGCGGUGCCCUUGAUGCCUUAUCAGUCUCCUUACGACUAUUACAACUAUACUUUCAUUUGAUUGUGUAGACAAUGUUUAAUGUUUUGAUAAAUGCAUUAAUAGUUUGCUAUAUGACAAAAAAGGGGGCAAUACAUACAAUGUUUUGAUAAAGGAAUACCGUAAACGAUUUAUUUUUGCUAAUAUUUUAAUCACCAUAAAAAUGAAUAUACAGUACAGUGGUGCAUUGACUACAGCAAUAUCUUAAUGUAUAUACAGUAUGGUGGGUAUUUUAUAGU